CACGUAGAAGUCGGGAGGAACUGGGACGUCAGGGUAAUCUCCGCCCGUCCGGGACGUUGUGCGUUAAUCUGUAAACAACCGCAAAGUGCGUCUCUGUUGGGAGAGAGAGUUCGCUUUGAUCAGGAGUCGCAAAAGUGUUGCUUUGUGUUCUAAAUCAGAUGGGACAGAUAGGACUAUGGACGUUCUACAGGACUCUACAGCAGACUGUGUUGCUGUUCUUUCUGGUGGUGGUUGAAGUUCACAGCUGUCCGAGCAGCUGUAGUAAAUGUUCAGGUCCAGAAAAUAACCACUGUGAGGCAUGCCACCCAGGAUGGACGCUCCACAGUAACACCUGUGUUGAUAUUGACGAAUGUGGAACCGAGCUGAGUAACUGUCCUCCCGGCAGCUACUGUUUCAACAAAGAGGGUUCCUUUGAGUGCAGAGACUGUGACCCAGCCUGUGUGGGCUGUAUGGGUAGUGGGCCAGCACGCUGCAGGAAAUGUGCCCUCGGCUACAGACUGACAGGCUCCAAAUGUUUAGAUGUGGAUGAAUGCAGUGACAGAGUUCUUGCCUGCCACAGUCUGGAUGAGAUCUGUAUCAACACUGAGGGCUCGUUCCACUGUGACUGCGCCGACGGAUUCUUCCGCAAAGGUGGCGCUUGUGUGAGGAAGCAACUUCCCGGUUUCCAGGACAAAGGUCUGCCCCUCUGUGUUCAUGGGAGCAGUGGCAGCCAUGGCAGGCUACUGGUUCUCUGA